GGGUGGAUGCUAGCCUAGCGACGGAAGCCGACACGCUGCAGACUCGCUCACUGGAAGAAGAGACACAGAAGUCCACUCCGAGGAAAAAUGCACGUUUGCUGCGUGCGGGGCUGUUCGAACAGCAGUUCCUCCGGCGCCAAAGUAAAGUUUUACCGACUGCCUACGUCGUACAGACCGUUUCAGGCCAAACGGCGGAGUUUGUGGCUCCAAGUGCUCCAAAAUGCCAACGGCGGCACCGAGGAGUUUCACGAAAAUGCUCGCAUUUGCGGCGCUCAUUUCCUCUCUGGACAAGUGUCCAUGGAUCCCGAAGAUCCCGACUUUGUGCCUACUCUCUUUCCAACGUUGGAGAAUAGCCGCGUUAAGAACAACAGAAGGACCUACAAAGGACUGCGUGGAAAACGUUGCAGAAACAACGAAGAACAGUCAGAUCAUCAAGAAACAUCGUCAGAAACAUCAAGGGAAGAUGGCGGGCCCAAAGCGGAGCGGCCCGCCCCGGAAAAAGCCCAGAGUCCACAUUCGCCAGAAGUGGAGACCGCCGAUUGUUUAAUGACUGAAGAAAUGGUGACGGAAGAGACGCCGAACGACAGUGAAAUGAAAGAAGUCCCUCUGUCGCCCCCUUUGGAGAAAACGCCGUUGCAAGAAUUGCAAACGUCAAAGAUCAAGCCGGUGGUGAUUCUCAAGCAAAUCGUGGUGGUUCGCGCAGGCGCUCAUUUGGGCGACCGAAGCUUCAAAAAUGGCCAAGAAGAGCCACGAGAACCAGGCGAGGAGGCCGAGGAAGAGACCCCCUCCGCGGCGGUUCAGGUACCUUCCUUCCCGUGCAACUUGUGUGACCGAAGUUUCCCUGACCCCCACCUCCUGAAGCGCCACAAACUGCUCCACGUCAAAGACGGCAGAAAAUGCACGACGUGCGGCGCCCUCUUCUGUCGGCUUCACGGACACGCGCCGACCGCCGCAGUCACGCGCCGUCGUAUCCAGCCACCUGCUGACUCGGACUACGUACCAGGUGAGGCGGCAGUGAUCCGACCGGCGCGAGCGAUUGAGUGCCACCAAGUCCAGCGUGUCGCAGAUACGCGUCACGUGCUGGGCGAGGCGGCGCAGGCUUGUUUCACUCGCGAGUACCGCCACUUCCCACCCGACUCGGACUACGUACUGGAACCGGGCGAGGUGGUGGAGCGGGUGGAAGAUUUUGAAACCAGUUGGAAUUUCAUCCCGAUGAUAAGUAGCCCCAUUUCUCAAACGAGAGAAGGUGAGGUCGCCGAAGUCGUGGUUGCCGAAGUCUCGACGAAAUCUGCGCCGGAGCCCGUCGUUCCCCCUGCUGUUCCGGAAGACUCCGACAAAGUGUCGAAGACGGAUGAAUGCGAAGCGUUGUCGCGGGCCUGUCAAGGCGGGCGGCAGAAGCUCCCCCCGGCGUUGCGCAUGUUCUCUUCACAGUACCUGACUUCGACCUUUCUCCACGUCAAAAGAAACCACCGAUAUCUUUUUAGCAAGGGAGUGGACGUCCCGGCCGUGAAGAAGGAACCAGAAGCUGAUGUCCGUCCACCUCCGCCGGUUCGGAAAGAGCAGCCGCGAGUGAAGGAAACCACUGCUUUUGACCUGCAGAUUAUGCUCUAAAUUUGUCAAGUUGACGGAACUUUGCUGCUUUCAAUGCCAUUUCUCCCUUUCAGUUACCUUUGAACACCGUGUUGAAAUUUUAAAUUUGAUACUGAUACUCCAAAAAUACUCCACUGCAUUAAUAAAGAGAA